AUGGGUAAAGGAUUUAAUAAUUACAUGUGCAAAAAGUUCUUCCAUCCUGCAUCAAGAGAUAAUUUGAAAAGGGUAUGGAUGGCAGAACAGAAAACAGAAGCUUACAAGAAAAAACAAGAGGAAUUACGUGUUCAAUAUGAGAAAGAGCAAGAAUUACAUGAAAACAAGGCAUUGCUGAGCAAAGAUAGUAAAGAUAAAUUGAGCCUGAAUUUUAUGUAUGAGCCGCCCCCAGGCGUGAAGAAAGAGAGAGAACGCGAAGAUAAUGAACCUGAAUACAAAUUUGAGUGGCAACGCAAGUACAACGCACCCAGGGAGAGCUAUUGUAAAGGGGACAAUGAAAUCCGUGACCAACCUUUUGGUAUACUGGUCCGCAAUGUGAGAUGUAUCAAGUGUCACAAAUGGGGUCACAUAAAUACAGACAAAGAAUGUUCAAUGUACUCCUUAUCUAUGAGUGAGGCUCGUGCCCUGCAAGCGUCUACUUCAGCUCCUGAAGAAGAAGAGGAGAAACCAGAUGUUCCUACACUAAUGCAGCAGAUGAGAGAUACUGGUUUGGUCAUGAAACCUGGAGCUCUACCUCUGUCUGCUACAAAAAUUGAAGAAAAUGAUUCUACCAGCUUCACUGAACAGGACCUUAUCAGUCAACUGACUAAAAAGCAGAAGAAGAAGUUGUUGAAGAAAUUGGAAAAAAUGGAAAAACGGUCCGAUAAAAAGAAGAAAGAGAAGAAACAUAAGAAGUCCAAGCAUUAA